AUGGGAGAUUUUCAAUAUGUUAAAACUCAACAAGAGGUUAAACAAUAUUUACAAGUUCAAAAGAAUCCUUUAGGUGUUGUUAAAUGUGACUUGGGAUGGAAAACAGUAGUUUAUGAAGAAGGGUCUAUCAAGGUGAAUACUUUUAUGUUUCCUGUAUUUGUGUACUCUACCAAAAUCGAUGAGAUUACAGUUGGAACAUCACCAGUACCAGAUGUCAAUCAAUUAAAAGGAUUCAAUGUAGAGUGUGCACCUGCCAACCAAGAUUGUAGAUCGGCUGCUAGCAACACUAUAGAGUCGAGUGAUUCGCAACAGCCAAUCACCAAUCUCUUUGACUAUGGAUCAUCUAUUCCAAAUCAAACCAAAACACCCUACAAAGUACCAACUACCCUCCCCUCUGGAACCUAUGGAGUGUAUCAAACGAGCAUGAUGUAUUGCUACAGCCUACCAAAACCAGAUCCCAAACUAGUACAAGGUUCCCAAUUUGGAUGGAGAAAGAAUCAUUUGUUGAUUCAAGCCAUCACAUCGGUACAUAGAAAGGAUACAUUCUUUAUUCCAAUUGAUCAAGCACCAAAAACCUACACCACCAAUGAACUCAUCGAUGCUUAUUUCAAUGGAACUGGUCCAACUGAAAAGAAUCUCGUACAACACUAUCACCAACAAUUGGCUGAAGCUGAUAGACAACAUGCUUGUCAAUGA